UGAGGUUGAGUGUGUCACGUGGGAGGUAGAGAAGAGACUACUUAGUUGGGCCUGACAAACAAGGCAGUGCAAAAUGAACAAAUAACACUGUAAACAGUAAAGCUUUAAGGUAAACAAUCUAAGGAAUUAAAAACAGACCAAGAAGCAACAAGCCUGUACUGGAGUGAGAACUGGUUUAUACUGGGAAUCCAGGAACAGGGAAAGAGAUUGUGAUCAGAGUGAAGGAGGGCGAUGUCGAGUACAGCCAUGAAGAAAAAGGUGCUGCUGAUGGGAAAGAGUGGGUCUGGGAAGACCAGUAUGAGGUCUAUUAUAUUCGCCAAUUACAUUGCCAGAGACACCAGGCGACUAGGAGCCACAAUUGAUGUGGAGCAUUCCCACGUGCGAUUUCUGGGUAAUCUCGUGCUGAACCUGUGGGACUGUGGAGGACAGGAUACAUUCAUGGAAAACUACUUCACAAGCCAGCGGGAUAACAUCUUUCGGAAUGUGGAAGUGCUGAUCUAUGUAUUUGACGUGGAGAGCAGAGAGCUGGAGAAGGACAUGCAUUACUACCAGUCCUGCUUGGAGGCUAUCCUACAGAACUCUCCUGACGCCAAGGUCUUCUGUUUGGUACACAAGAUGGACUUGGUCCAGGAAGACCAGAGAGACCUGAUUUUUAAAGAACGUGAAGAUGACUUGAAGAGACUGUCUCGCCCCCUGGAAUGUACCUGCUUCAGGACGUCCAUCUGGGAUGAAACUCUAUACAAGGCCUGGUCCAGUAUCGUGUACCAGCUAAUCCCCAAUGUACAACAACUGGAGACAAACCUGCGCAACUUUGCUCAGAUCAUUGAGGCAGAUGAGGUGCUGCUGUUUGAAAGAGCUACCUUCCUGGUGAUAUCACACUAUCAGUGCAAGGAGCAGAGGGAUGCACACAGAUUUGAGAAGAUCAGCAACAUCAUCAAACAGUUCAAGCUGAGCUGCAGUAAGCUGGCUGCCUCCUUUCAAAGUAUGGAAGUCCGAAAUUCGAAUUUUGCAGCUUUCAUUGACGUGUUCACCUCAAACACCUAUGUUAUGGUCAUCAUGUCUGACCCUUCCAUACCCUCUGCAGCCACACUCAUCAACAUCCGCAACGCCAGGAAGCAUUUCGAGAAGCUGGAGCGGGUCGACGGGCCCAAACAUAGCCUGCACAUGCGCAUGCGCUAGACAGUGGCUCCCAUUGCCAGCUGGCCAAGAGACUUCUCACCACAGGCUCGUGGAUACACCCCACCCCCACUACCUAAAACAAAUACCUUUGUUUUCAGCACUUGGCAUUGGAUUGGAGGUCUGAUCUUAAAUCACUUGAACCAAAUUAUUUAUUUAUAACAUGAAUUUAAACCUGCUUAUUUUAAUUUUCACCAAAUUCUUUGGUUAUUAGGCUUUUUGGGUUUUUAUUAUAUAUUUUUUUUAUACAGGGUUGUGGCCAGACCUGUAUAAAAACACGUCUGGGAGGUGGGUAGGGUAUUAUUUGGCCUUGUGAAUCGGGCAGACAGUGCUUCUUUUAAAUUUGACUGCCCCAGUAUCUUUUGCAAUUGUUUGUUGACCUACCGAAUAAAUAUCCGGAUUAAAA